AAGGAGCCAAAAAGCGGUGUGCCAAACUCGAGGCUCGCGCUGCCAUUCAUCGGUAUCUCGGAGCGAUGCUACAGCUAACAAAAACCCAGCACUAAUCGUCCAGUGCUAACGCGCCGCUCCUUACAAAACAGCAGUCAGGGAACAACUGGAGUCAGGGAGGGACCACAGGAUGGACGCGAAAAUCGGCGCGUACGGCGCCUUGCCGUCCGCCGAGCUGCCAACGACGACGACACGACAACCGCCACGCCGCGAACGGCUCGCGUGCCUGCGCCCCGCGCACGUCGCGGCCGGCCUCGUCGCGAUCGCCGCCUGCGCGGCCCUGGCCGAGCGCGCCCGCAAGUUCCUCGCGCAGCCGCCCGCGCCUCCCGUGUGCGACUGGCGCGCGCCGGACUAUGCCAUCGUGGGCGGCGGGCCGGCCGGCUCGGUCGUCGCGUCGCGCCUCGCCAAGGACGGCCAGCACUGCGUGUUGAUUUUGGAGGCGGGCGGCCCCUACCGCGGCAACCCCGACUUCGGCGAGGCCUGGGACCUCGGCGAGAUCAAGGAGACGGACCGGACCAAAAACCCCGCGCCGACGGACGUGCCGCGCAUGUGGUCGGACGUGUCGCGCGUCGACAAUCUGAGGUGGCCCAUCACGUCGGCGGUCGUCGCGAAGAUGGUCGGCGGCUGCGGCGCCAUGAACGCCAUGAUUUAUCUAAGAGGACUACCCUACGACGUCGCGCGGUGGAACGUGAGCCGCUGGUCGUGGUCGGGCGUGUCGUCGGCCUACGCGCGGUUUGAAAGACGACUAGAUACGCGGGGGCGCGUGGCGCGACGGGGCGGCGGGCCGCAGCGCGGCUGGGCCGGGCCGCUCGCGACGCGCCGCGCGCCGCUGUACGAGCAGGACGCGCUCGCGCAAGCCUUCCUCGAGACCUGCCAGGCGGCGGGCCACACGCUGGUCACGGAUUUCAACGCCCAGACGUCGCGGGGCAACGUCGCGGGCCCGUACCAUUUUAAUAUUGACGAGCGGGGCCGGCGCGCGUCGGCGUACGCAUCACUCCUCGAGCCCAUACAAAAUGCGCCGAACGUCAAGGUCAUCACGCGGGCGACGGCGCGGCGCCUGCGGAAGGACCACGGCCGAGGCGUCGGCGUCGAGUACGUCGUAGACGACGACGACGACGCGGUCGUCGUGCGGCCGCGGCGCGGCGUCGCGCUCGCCGCCGGUGCGCUGAACACGCCGCGCCUUUUGCUCGCGUCGGACCUGGGCGGCCGUCGCGUGGGCCAGAACCUCCACGACCACCCCGUCGUGCCGCUCAAGUUGAGACUGUCGACGGAGGCGUUCUACCGGACGCCGGGGCCCUUCGCCGCCUUCAGCGAGAACGGCGCCGAGACGCUCUGGGCCUCGCCCGGGACGAGCGUCGGGGCCUUCCUCCGCUCGAGCAAGUGCGAGGCGAACGCGCCGGCCGACCUCCAGCUGACGCUGUUCGCGCCGGGGCAGGAAGAACCGCACGCGUCGACGAAGUCUUAGCGGACAAGGAGAAGUCGCGCGAGUUCUUCGUGAAAAGAGACGCCUUGGUCACGGUAGCCUUAUUACGACCGCAAGCGCGCCACUCGAUCGAGCUGAACGUGUCGGACCCGUACGGCCCGCCGCUCAUCCGACGGGGGCCCCAGGAUCCGACGUGGUACCAGCCGCCGCGGUGCCCCGAGAGUUUUUGUAGGACGGACACGGCCUGGGUGGAGGACAGCGACGCGGCCGUGCUGCUCGAGGGCAUUGAUUUUGUUGCGCGCCUCACGGAGACGCCGCCGCUCAACGGCGCCGUGGACGUCGUCGACAAGCCGCCGCCGACGGACGACACGGCCCGCCUGGCCUGGGUGCGCGCGCGCGCGCUCACGAACUCGCACUGGGUCGGCACGGCGGCCAUGGGCGAUAGGAAGGACGACGUCGUUGACGGCGACCUGCGGCUGCGGGACGAGCCGUCCGUCGUCGUCGCCGACGCGUCCGCGAUCCCCGCGAUCCCCAACGGCAACGUGCACACGACCGUGUUGGUGGUGGCCGCGCGCGCGGCGGAGGCGCUCCUGCGGACUUCGCCGCUCUACAACGACUGGAAUUAG